AUGCCGCUCGCUGGGAAGAUCACGAGGGCCUUGGCAAAGCAGGGACAGGCGCCCCACACGGCAAUCGUCGGCUGUGCAGACUCGCGUGCUGCGCUGGAGGCAAUUUUCGACGCGAUGCCCGGGGACCUCUUCGUGCUAAGAAAUGUGGGCAACAGCUUCACGCACGCUGAAGGUAGUGUCAUGGGCAGCUUGGAGUUCUGCACCGGCACGCUGCAGACGCAGCUGAUCUUGAUCCUGGGCCACACGGGCUGUGCAGCUGUCAGGGGGGCCACCAGGGCCUUUCUGAACUCCUCCGAGAACAAGGUCAGCAAGGCCGGCAAGGCGCUGGACUCCCUGCUUGCCGGCCUAAGCAGCGUGGCUCGGGGGGCGGCCCUUGAGCUCGGCGAGGAUGCCACGGAAGCGGAGAUUGCGAACCUGGCUGUGCAGAUGAAUGUGUUUCACACCAUGGACUUUCUGUUGACCAACUCCGCUUUCAUCAGUGACAAGGUGCAGAAGGGGGAGGUGGACAUCCAGGGUGGCAUCUACAACCUGGAGUCCGGCCGGGUCACCUUCCUCGGGCGCAGCCCGAACCAGUCCAAGAUUGUCAACACCUUCUAG